AUGCUUCAUAAUCGUUACACUCCCGACCUGAAUACAAGUGCAAAGGCAGCUAUCGACAAUGCAACACGUAUUGGCCAUUAUGAAAUUGUAGAGUUUCUGUUGGCUAACCAAUAUCAUGGUCAUGAUGCAGUCACCGUUGAAAUAGCAGCAAGUGUUUGUGGCAGUGGAAAAGUAGAGGCCGUCAAAUUCCUCGAUCAAUUUAGACAACAAUAUCUCAACAAAAUGGACCCAAGCUACUAUCCACUAUUUACAACACAUGAAUUCAUCUGUGCUAUAUCAAAAGGUCAAUCUUUGGAUGUCGUCAAGUAUCUUCACGCCAAUAGAACAGAGAAACUAAAAGAUGGGUAUCAAUUAAUGAAUAAUGCCUGCAAAGAUGAUAGUCUUUUGGAAAUAUUAAAGGCAGCUGAACUGGGACAAUUAGAAACUAUUAAAUUCCUUCUAGUUCAUUACCCAGAAUUAAAAGUAGAUAUUGCUUUUGAUUUUGCAACUAGGUUCCUCAAAAAUGAUGUGGUCAAGUUCUUAUAUCUAAACACUACCGAUAAUGCAACCAUAGCAUUAACCAUGGCAAUAACGCACAACAAUUUGGAAAUUGCAAAGUAUCUUUUAGAGAAUCAUACUGAUAAAGUACAAUUACAAAGUGCACAAUGGGAGAAAUUAAAUUUAAUACAAAGUCAAGAAUGGGACCAUGUUAAAAUAUUAUUUCAAUCUUUGUAUAAUAAACAAUGA